AUGGUGGAUACCGAUGCUAACCACGAGGUUUCUGAGCCCUGGCAUCUACGAUCUGAUGUUGCUUGCAGACGGAACCCUGGACAAGGGGGCGCUGGUGCCGCUAUCUUUGACUCGAGCGGUACCUUGGUGUGGACGUGCUCUCACUUUAUCCCCUCCAGCAGUGAGACGAGAAACACUGCUAAGUACACAGCACAGCUGGUGGGGGUGCAGAGUGCAGUCCGCCAUGGUACCACGCGAUUGCUCGUUGAAGGAGAAAAGAUCUUGGUGCUGGCUCAGACGCGCGGCUCGUUCAGCUGCAACAACCGAUGGCUCAGACCUUUUUGCGAGGUCAAGUGUGAAAGGAGUUAA